AUGGACCUCUCUGAUGAUGUCUGGAGUGUCAUUUUCUGUCAUCUAGAUGUGAAAUCGCGAAUCAAUGUCUCUUGCAUUAGUAAACGAUUUAGUUCAUUAUUUUGCUCUUGGCCGGAUGUUACGAUGCUGUCGAUUAAAGAUGAUAGUUCAUGUAUUGCUGGCGAAAAUUUUAAAUGUGCCACAGAAUGUGACCUAAACGUACAUUUGCAGUUAAUCUUAGAACACUGUCCUAAUUUGAAUAAUAUCACAAUACAAACGACUCAAAGUGACAGACGCUUACGACAAUUGGCGAAAAUUGAGCAUCUUAACGUUCUCACUUUAACAACUUCCCAGAUUAACUCAAUUAGUCAGGGAUGCUUAGGUGCAUUGUGCACGGCAAAAUUACGUAAGCUGUGCAUAUUGCAACGUUAUGAUGAAAUGAAAAGCAUGCGUAACGUUUUACGUCGAAAUCAUAUGACGCAAAUCAGUUCAUCCCCACUAGUUUCUUUGCAACUCAGUGGUAUCGUAUUAAAACCGGAUAUAUUUAGUAAGCUAUGCGAAGCGUUAAAACAAACUCUUCACGAAUUGCUUAUUUCUGGUACACUCUGUAAUCCACCUGAUUUGGAUCAGUAUAUCUCAGCGAUCGGAAUGCUUAAGCGUCUAAAAGUGCUCGAUAUUCCACCAUCACUUUUUUCUUGUUGUCAUCGAAGUUUACCUCCUAAAAUGGCUAUUCUGAAAAGUUUAAUUUUAAAAAAGCUUUCCAUUUAUGUGCACUACUAUAGCGCAUCAAAUAUGGCUGAUUUUUUAAAUAUUUUGCCUAAAACGCUAGAAGAUUUGGUAUUAUUCCGUACCACUGAAUUAGACCAAGCAACAUGGCUGAAAGAUUUUGAAGAAGUAAACUUCAAGGUCCACCUUUGUCGACUGGACGACAUUAUUCUCGAACCUUCUUGGAUGUGUGAUCGAUAUGAACUUCUCACCCAUACGCUUUGGCUACCACCAUAUAACUUUGCACACAAUUUCUCACGAGCUGACCUUCCAGCGGAAUGGUAUCAGGAUGUACUAUCUGUGAUUAAAGAAGUAGAUGAACGCCAGGAACUCAUUACAGCUCAUCACAAUUCCUCUUCCUCUAGUCGAUCCGAACGGUUCAUUACCGUACCAAUAGGUAAUGUAGACAGCGUAACAGCCCUUAAUACUGCUAGUACGCGUACCGCUCUUUCUUUUCGUGACGGUGGUAUAGAAUGA